AAUGUACAGAAGCAAAGGCAGAAAAAAAAAUUUCAUCCAGAUGAUAGUAGUAGUGUAGAGGGCACCGUCAGUAUAUGAAAAAAAAUUCAGCUCUCGAGAAAAAAAAACCUUAGCUCUUCUGAACAAAAAUUUCAGUAUAGGAAGAAAUCAUAGGAAACAAAAAAUCGGAACAAAUUAAUUUUCGUAGUGUAACUCAGUAAUUCGAUGAAAGAUUAACAAGUAAUUUGUUGAUUUGAAUUGUAAUCGUGAUAUAAAAAUAAAGUGAUUAUCAAAAUCGUGAAAUAAGAGGCAGAAUAUUUCUUUUUUUAUUCGACGAAAAAAAAAGACUCUUGAUUUCUUUCUUUAUAACAUUUUUUCACAUUCGUUCGGGUCAAGUUUUAUGAGUGUAGGAUCCGACAGCAGAGAGAGAGAGAGAGAGAAAAAAAGUUGUCUCUUUUUCAGUCCAAAUAUUUUGAACAUUUGAUCGGUGUAUGCAUUUUUCUUUAAAUGGAUGUCAACUUAAUGUGGUGCAUUGUGAAAAUUUGUGAUUUAAUUGUUCGACUCAGAAAACGCACGUAAAUUAUAGCACACACACAAAAAGUUUCGAGCGAAAAGAGCAAAGAGAACUAUAUAUAUAUAUAUAUGUAUAUAAAAAAGUAAGAAGAAGAGGAAGCAAUGAAAAAAGUAAAAGAAACUGUGUGCGCUUUUAUAUAUGUGUUGAUCGAUUCCGUGCGAUGAACGAAAAAAAAAUUAUCGACUUUGACAUGAGAACGAAAAAGGAAGCAACACAGGGAAAAAAAAGUGAAUUUUUUUUAUUGAGAAAAAACAAAUCGCAUCAAAUUCUGUGGUCAUUUUUUUUCCUUCAUUUCGAAAGAGAAAAACACACGCAACACCAACAAAUGUGAUACAAUAAAAUUGGCCACAGUUGUUGGGGCAAAAUUCAAAUGCAAAAAUUUACUCGUCGUUGUAAAAAUCCUCAUCGAGGAAGAACCGAGACAAUUAACGUAGAUUUAAAAUCGAACGGAUAAAAGAGUCACGAUGAAAUUAGUCGAUUAAAUUUGAUUGGACAAAAGAAAAAAUAGCCGAGUAACGAGGAAAAUUGAAAGCCAAAUUGAAUUUUCAGUACAAAGGGAGAGACAGAGAAAGAACGAGAGCGAAAGAAGAAGAAAAAAGGAAUCAUACACACGCCAUAUAUUACAUACGCUGUACACAUGGUAAAUCAAACUAACGAACAGUGCGCUGCGGCUGUUAGUGUGUUACAAGUGAGUUGCGAUAUAUUCGCUGUGUGUAUAAGUGCGUUUGAUUUAUUUUUCGUUUAAUUUUUAUUUUUUGUGUGUGCAUAUGAUUAUAAUUUGUGGCACCGACACAGGAUUUCCAAAGUGACGCGUGAAAUGUGGAAAAAAGACACAAGAAAUAACGAAACAUUCAAUAGAAACAACAGAAAACGACGGUGUGUAUGCAAAUAAAGCGAGUAAAAGAAGAAGAAGAAAAAAAAAUACAAAGUAUGAAACGUAUAUAUAGAUGUGCGAUAGAGAAAGAGUGAUUUGGUGCACGAACACUAAGCCAAAGCCGAUAAAAGCUCAAAAGCAAUAGAGAAAAAUUUUCAUUGCCGUUUUCAAAGUGAUUUUCAGCGGUGGAGUUUUUUUUUCUCUCCAUUAUUGUUGUUGCUUAUUGUAAUUUUCCGUCGAAUGCAAUUCGCAACUGGACUGGAUUGAAUGUGAAACAUGGAAAAUAUGUGCUAGGGAAUUUUCAAAUCAUUAUUUGAAAUUCUCUUUCGCCAUUCUGUCACGGCCGGUGAAACAGAAAGCGAACACACAGAGAGUGAGAGACACUGUGUGAGCUGCAUCGAAAAGAAGAAGAAUGAAGUUUCUUUUUUUUUCUGUUGAUAGUUCGAUCAUGUGAUAGAAGACGUAGAUGAAAGUGAUUUUAUUUUUUGUUUUUGAAAGAAAAAGUCUGUGCUUAUUAAAUGAACGAAACACGGAAAAAACUGCAUUUUAUGAACAAUGGAUGAAAAGGAAAAUUUGAAUGUAAUCUAGACAUUUAAGAACCAUCAAGCGAAAAAUAAAACUCCCUCGCAACAAGACGCAUUCAUUCGGUAGAAACGGAUUGACAAAGUUCUGGAAUACACUUCGGUUGCGACUUUUAUUUUAUUCCUUUUUUUUGCUCGAAUUGAAAUCGACGGAACAAAAUGAGAUUACUGCGGAAAAAUGGAAACAAUUUGAGCACAAUACUGGAAUCGAAGCAGUGAAAGGCGUCACUAUUGAUCUCAAUACUUCGGUGUACGUUUUUUCAUCAUCGUCGUCGUCGUAGUCGUCGUUAUUUUCGUUGUUGUUGUUGUCAUAUCACGGGUGACAGAGAGAGAGAGAGAGAACGAGCGGCAACACCAUUGUGUCAGGCAGGCAACGUGCUGUGUUGUUGUUGCUGUUGCUCCCAUCCCUCGAACCACAACAACAGAAACUAACGCAAAAAAAGAAGAAGAAGAAGAAGAAGAAGAAGAAGAAGAAACGAAACAACAACAAAAAAAAACUAGAAGAAAAAUUCUACACAUUAGCCACAUAGCAGUCACGCGGAAUCAAGUGUGUGCUUGUGCUUACCGGAGAGAACGGCGUUAGCCACAUACAUUUUGUUGACUAGUAUGGCCAAUAUCAUUUCAAUUUCCAGCAUGAAAAUCACAAAUCCGAUCAAGGAGAUGGUCAGUAAGAGCAAAAAGCGGUUUACCCAGGAUGGAUUCAACCUAGACUUAUCAUACAUUCAAGAUAAUUUAAUAGCGAUGGGUUUUCCGGCGGCGAGAAUGGAAAGUGUUUAUAGGAAUGAUAUAGAACAAGUUUACAAAUUUUUCGAAAUGAAACACGAGAAUUGUUAUAAAAUUUACAAUUUGUGUUCCGAACGUGAUAAAAACUACGAUAUUACAAAGUUUCAUUCUAGAGUUGCAAAAUAUCCAUUUCCGGACCAUAAUCCUCCGAAUAUUAAAUUAAUACAAUCCUUUUGUACGGAUGUACACAAGUGGCUAAGCGCGGACAAAAAACAUGUGGCAGCCGUUCAUUGCAAAGCUGGCAAAGGUCGAACCGGGACAAUGAUAUGCUGCUACAUGCUUUACAAUGGUCGAUUUAGUAGUGCGAGUGAAGCACUUAGAUUUUAUGGUGAGAAACGAACACAUGAUCACAAAGGCGUUACAAUUCCAUCGCAAAGACGAUACGUUGAAUAUUACGCGCGUUUAAUCAACUCACAGAAACCAUACGACCCGGUUCCACUGAAGAUAUGCGAGAUAAAAUUAUCGCCAUUGCCAUUCAUAAGCAGCCAUCAGGGAAGUGUGCAUUUGAAAAUAUCAUAUGUAGACAAUGACGAGGAAUGUGUAGUGUAUAAAGAUGAAGUACCUGAUACGAAGAAAAAUUCAAAUUCAAUAGCAGCAGCAGCGGCGGCGGCGGCAACAAAUCAACCCGCAUCGACCACCAACAAUACAGCGUCGGCAGCGACGGCGGCUGCAUCAUCGCAUCCAGAUGGCUUGAGUAACGGGAGUAACGGUGGUGUUCACAACAAUACCAGCGACUGUAUUGUGAUCACAUUAGAUAGUUGUAAAGCGCUUUCCGGCGACAUUAAAGUCGAAUUCUACAUGAAACCGAGAAUAUCACGGAAAAAGACUCUGUUCAGUUUUUGGUUCAACACAUACUUUGUGAGCGAAAGGGAAAAUGAUGCUGACAACAACAACCCGUUCAUCGAAUAUGGGCUGACGAAAAGUGAAAUAGACAACGCGUGCAAAGACAUCCACUGUAAAAGUUUUCCGGCAAAUUUUGAGGUCCGAGUGAAAUUGAAGCCAAGCGAAAGCAUCGCCGAUGACGACAUGCACGAUAGCCGUUGCUUGAACAUCAUGAACAAUGAUCAACGAACAUCGAGUAUGAAUUCAUUUGUCGAUGCGCAUACGCCGUCCGAAAGUCCCGAAGCAUCCAGUUCUGAAUCGUCAACAGGUGGUGACUGGGAAUCUGGUGAGUUCAAAACAAAUGAACUUGUUGUAGAACAUUGGCCAAAGCAACGUACAUUUAGCAAUAGCAAAACGAAACCAACAAAAAAAUUAGCUAAUUUAAAACAUAAUAAUAACACAACUGCAAACACUGCUAUCACUACUUCCACUAGUUCUAUACCCGCUAAAUUAUCACAUCAGCAUCAAUUCAAAGCAAAAUCGAAUAGCAUCAAAAUAUUCAAUAACACCAGUAAUCUUAGUAGUAGCAAUAAUGUCAGUGUCAAUGUCAAUAUCAAUAAUAAUUUACACCUAAGAAAAUUGAAUACAAAGAAAUUGCGUUGGUUGUGGAAUAAUAUGCGUAGCGAUCCGAAUUUUCAUGAGACCAUCGUGAAAACGGUAAACAUUCAAACGCCAUCGGAAUUGACUGUUGGCAGUAGCAUUGUAGGUAGUGGCAGUUGCAUUGUCGGUCGACCGUCAAGCGAUAGUUUAGAUAUCUAUUCGGCCAUCUGUGAUAAUCAACUUAGUGUAGGAUCACCGUAUAAAAGUCCCAGUGACCGUGUCCCGUCAAUGCUAAGCGAUCAAAUGAAAACGCGUUCGAGAACGAACAGUUUUAACACGAAACGAUAUCACCCGCACUAUACCGCGCACAGCAAAUACAUGCACGCAAACAAAAGAUUCGCACCACAAGACCAGGAUGUGGCGGCCAGUGCUGAACGCUUCGAUCUGGUUGUGGCCAAACCGCUUGAAUCUCAAUCCAUAGGUUUCAAUGUGAUCGAUCCAUCGAUCACCACAGCAACAGUGACCGCAACAGAAACAACGAAAACAAACACCAUAACCAAUAGUAAAACUAGUAGUUGUAGUAAUGACAGAGAAAAUGCUGCUGGCAAGCUAAACAAUGAUUUGCGACCCGGUACGAGUGGGAUGUCAAUGUCAUCAUCAUCAUUGGAUGCCGUCGCCGAUGGUCAAGCAAUGAAAAAACGAAUCGAAAGCGAUCGAAAACUUGAUUAUUUGCUGAAAGAAUCGCCGAAACGUCCGGAAUCCAAUGAUUUCGAUUUUGAAAUUCCGGUGAGCGCCAGUUCCAGUUCCUCCCUAUCGAUAGCAAACGAACAAAAUUCCAUAUUCAAUUUUUCACUCAGCCCAAGUAAAAAGCAUUCAAAAAUCAUAAUCGGCUCAUCGGACAGCAACAGCACUGACACGAGUGUCAGCAACAGUCCAACCGAUGAAUGUCCCGAAUCGCAUUCAACAUUAUCCAAAAUGAUACCAUUUUUCAAGACGAAACAUAAAUCCACUUUGCCACCAAUGCGAUCAGCUUCCACGUCAUCGACCACCGAUUGCGAUGAAGUCGAUGGCGGCGGCGGCGGCGGUGGUGGUGGCGUCAAACAUGUGACUCCUUCAUGGUCGGCUGACGUGGGCCUGUUGCCAACAAGUGAUAAACAAUCGACAUCCGACAUUAGUGGAUCAAAAACCGAUCUCACCGCGAGGUCUUCGACCUCAUCCUCUUCAUCAUCGUCUCUAACUAAUAUUAAACGUAGUCGCCCACCGUUUUCAUUUCGUGAAAUACGCAAUGAACUGCGAUCUGUAAUGCGACAAAAUCGUAGUAACAGUUCGAAAUAGACCCGCGCGCACACACACACACACAAACUACAUUUUUCUGUUUCCUUCUUUCGUCUUGUUUCUUUUCUUCUGUCUUCAAUGCCUUUUGCCAUAAAAAAAUAUAUUUGGACUACACAUGCCUAUAUUUCAUCCGAUUUUCUAUUUCUUCCACUUCUUUUUCCCCAUCUAAUUUCGUAUGCGUGCAGUGUGUCGACUGUAUUUUGUGUAGUUAAUCAUUAUCAUCAUCACCUAUGUCGUUUAGAUUAUAUCUUAUGCCUUUAAAGAAAAAUGUUUUGUCAACGCGAGCAAAAACACACAAGUAACAUUUCUAUGAAAAAAAAAAAAAAAAAUUAUACCAACAAAUUAGUCUUAGUGUUAUGAAAUGUCGUUCAAAUUUACAUAGUUAAAGUGUCGACGUAAAAUUUUGAGUUUAAAAACUCGGAAAUAUGUACAUAAAACAGAGGAAAAAGCACCGUUUUUUUCUUAUUUAAACUUACGUAGAUUUUUAUUGAUAAUAAUUUUAUACGAUUUUUUUUAAUUGCAAAAAUAAUCAAUUCACACAUAAAAUAAUUGAAACGAAAGAGAAAGAAACAACAACCGUAAAAAUUACUAUACACAAAUACACACAUCAUUAGACAAGGCCCAUUUGAAAGGGAAAAAAAAUGAAAGGAGUACGUUUAAACUAAAUCAUGGGACAUGUUAUCGAUUACAUAAAUUUUUAUGUCUGUAAUAAUCGUUCGUCAUAUUGAAUGUAAAGCAGUUUUUUUUUGCUCUUCGCCAUUAUUAAUGUUCAUCCAUAAUAAUAAUGAUGCUAUUAUAUUGAAGAGUCGCCAACGUGUGAGAAUUUUUAACUAAAUUAAUGAAACAAUUUUAUAUUGAUUUGCUGAAUAUUAAAUACAAACACACACACAC